AUCAUGCCCAAAAGAAGCUAAAAAGGUAGUAACGUUUCUUUUCGUUUUUCCCUUGGCUUUCAUUUUCAUUUCUUUUCGUUUCCCUCCACGCUCACACUCCUACUCUCUUGCUCUCUUUCUAUCUCGCUCUCGUUUCUGCUUCUCUCAAACUAAAAUAACAGAUUCAAACCAAGAAAACAAAAGAAGAAAUCAGAGAAAAGAAAAAUCAACGCGCCGGAUUUCUUUGGUUCUGUGAUGGAUUCUACAACAAAUUCACAACGCAGGCCAUUUUCAAUUAAACUUUGGCCCCCUAGCGAAAGCACUCGGCAGGUACUUGUGCAACGCUUGACAAACAAUCUCACAAGUAAUUCUAUAUUUACCCAGAAGUAUGGCGCUCUUAACAAAGAAGAGGCUGAGGAGAAUGCUAAGAAAAUUGAGGAUAUAGCUUUUAACACAGCGAAUGAACAGUAUGAUAGGGAGCCAGAUGGAGAUGGAGGUGCUGCGGUGCAGCUUUAUGCCAAGGAAUGUAGUAAACUUUUGCUGGAAGUUCUUAAAAGAGGGCCUGCAGCGAAGGAGGAGGAGGAGUUGGCAUCUGACAAAGAUACUUCCUCUGAAACCUUCUUUGAUAUAUCUAAAGACCAACGGGCUUUUAUUGAGGCAGAGGAGGCUGAGAACCUUUUAAGGCCAUUAAAGGAACCUGGAAAUUGUUACACCAAGAUAUGCUUUAGUAAUAGAAGCUUUGGUUUAGGCGCCGCCCGCGUUGCUGAGCCCAUUUUGGUUUCCCUCAAGGAUCAGUUGAAAGAAGCUGACUUGUCAGACUUUAUUGCUGGAAGACCGGAGGCAGAAGCUCUUGAAGUUAUGAAUAUAUUUUCUGCUGCUUUGGAGGGUAGUGUUUUAAAGUCUCUUAACCUCUCAAACAAUGCCUUAGGUGAGAAGGGUGUCAGGGCUUUUGGUGCUCUUUUGAAAUCACAGAGUUGCCUGGAGGAGCUCUAUUUAAUGAACAAUGGUAUUUCAGAGGAAGCUGCCAGAGCCGUUUGUGAAUUGAUUCCCUCUACAGAGAAGUUGAAGGUCCUUCACUUUCAUAAUAAUAUGACAGGAGAUGAGGGCGCACUUGCAAUUUCUGAGGUUGUCAGGCGCUCUCCUGUAUUGGAGGAUUUCAGAUGCUCCUCUACAAGGGUUGGUUCAGAAGGAGGAGUUGCCUUAUCAGAAGCGCUUGAGUCUUGUACCAAUUUAAAGAAGCUUGACCUGCGGGACAACAUGUUAGGUGUGGAAGCUGGAGUUACACUGAGUAAAGCUCUUCCAAAGCAUGUGGAUCUGGUUGAAAUUUACUUGAGUUAUCUCAACUUGGAAGAUGAGGGUGCGAUUGCUGUAGCCAAUGCUCUAAAGGAAUCGGCUCCUUCUCUUGAAGUAUUGGAAAUGGCUGGAAAUGACAUAACGGCUGAUGCUGCUCCUAGUAUAGCUGCUUGUAUAGCAGCAAAGCAGCAUCUAAUCAAGUUGAACUUGGCUGAGAAUGAACUCAAGGACGAAGGUACUAUCCAAGUAAGCAAUGCUUUGGAAGAAGGCCACACCCUUUUAAAGGAGGUUGAUAUGAGCACCAAUUUUAUAAGAAGGGCAGGGGCCCGACAUUUGGCUCAGGUAGUUAUUCAGAAAUCUGGGUUUAUGUUGUUGAAAAUCAAUGGAAACAUCAUCUCUGAUGAUGGUAUUGAUGAGGUGAAGGCGAUAUUCAAGAAGUCCCCUGACAUGCUUGGUUCCUUGGAUGAGAAUGAUCCUGAAGGAGGAGAUGAUGACGAAGAAUCUGGAGAGGGUGAAGCUAAUGAGGACGAAUUGGAAUCUAAAAUGAAGAACCUUGAAGUUAGUCAAGAAGAAUAAAUUUCUCUCUUAAUUCUUCCUUUUAAGUUACAGCAUUCCUCAGCUUCUGCUGCUUUAGAAUCCUUCAGAACUUUAAUAACUUGUAGAAUUCAUUGCUCAGCUGAAUUUUACCGAGCUGGGCAGUCUUUUAGCAGGUUAAUUUUCUGUAGGAUUGUUGUUUUCUAUUUAUUUCGUUAGGGUAUGUUUGGAACUUCCAAAACCUUUUAAUGUCUUUUAAUUGUGAUAGCCCAAUCUUUUCUUGGUCACAUAUUUUCCUCUAAUGA